GGCUGCCGGGGGGUGAGCGGUUAGUGCUGCCGGCUCCCGGGUCCUACCCCUUUCCCGCGGCGGCGGCCCCUCCUCCCGCUCUGUGAGGCCUGCCGGGGCUGGCGAGCUCCUGUGAGGCGCGGCGGGCGGGGCAGCACAGGGGAAGAGGAGCCUGGUCUUCCCCCCCCCCCCCCAGCGGGCCCGGUGGCGGCAGGUGAAAAAUCCCAAACAUGAACAGCAACGCACCACACCUGUCCUCAAAGCUGUCUUGGCUAGAAGUGGAAUGUAGUUUCCUGACAGAUCUUCUUACAAGGAAGUUGUAAAUCCUUUGUAAUGGCCAACAAGAAAGAGCCUCCUUUUUUCAAUGAAGAUAACAUGGGACCGUUUCACUACAAGCUUCCUUUUUAUGAAACUAUGGAGCUCUUCAUUGAAACGCUUACAGGAACAUGCUUUGAACUGCGAGUUUCCCCCUUUGAAACAGUUAUUUCUGUGAAAGCUAAAAUUCAAAGACUGGAAGGUAUUCCUGUCUCUCAGCAGCACUUAAUUUGGAAUAAUACGGAACUGAAGGAUGACUAUUGUUUGAAUGAUUAUAACAUUUCAGAAGGCUGCACUCUGAAGUUAGUUCUGGCUAUGCGAGGUGGACCUAUUAACACUAGAAGAGUUCCUGUGGAAGACCCUAUCAGGGAGAUGGCUGAAUACAUGGAUCCUAGUAGAGAUGAGAUCUGGGAGAAAGGGCCAUCCAACAAACAAGUUACCUUCUUAGUAUAUCGAGAAGGAGAUCAGUUGAAUUUCUUCCGUGUGGUAGACCGGGGAGAUGGCACUUUAACACCAUUAUCUGAAUCUUUGAGUGGUGGUUCAGUUUAUAAUUUAUAUGCUGAUGAUGAUGAUGAGACAGAGGCAUCACCUUCUGGCCAACAGAUUAUCGAGAAUUCAAUUACUAUGAAUAAAAUGAAACUGCUCAAGGCAAAGAUGGAGAACAUGAAUCUCAGUAAAAAGCCUAAGAAAACUGUCAAGGUGAAACCUCGUCCUCCAAUGGCUCCUCGACCAUCUAGUGGCUCCGUGGCUGCUGCUCGUCACCGUUUUUUAAGAGUGCUCCCUCAUGUUGGACAGUCCUGCCUACCUCCUCCUGGGAAUUCGUAUCCCUCGGAGUCUUCCCAAAAUGCACUUUCAGCAUUGGCUACUUUGGCCACUGCUGGUAGAACAAUGCCAUCCACAACUAAUGACUUUCUUAAGGAAGAUGACACUUGGCAGAGCAACUCUUGGUCUCAGUCAGUUAGUAACAUCAGGUUACCACCAAAAAUAUCUCGUGUCGAACUAGAAAAUGCAAAACUACCUACAAAUAGUAUUCUGACUGCUGUUUCAUCUCUCCCUGCAAAUUCAGAAAAAGCAUCUGAAAAUGUGACCUCAGCCAGCGAGGAGGAUGCUGUUUUGUUUCCGAAUCUAACAAAUGUAGAACUAUAUGGAACAGAAGAAAAACUUCUACCUGAAACAGAUGCUUUUGCUUUGUUAACAGAAUCAAGCACCACUGAACAGGGUGGUGAGAUAUAUGACGCAGGAAAGGUGAACCCAGAACUUGAACUCUCUGAUGGAGAUGAAGAAUCUAAGGUUGUAGAGCAGCAUAGAAAACCUAUUAGCAAAGUGCUGAGCACUGCAGCAAUGGGGGCUGGUCUUCUCAGUACUCGUGAAUUAAGUCCUCGGAAAAAUCUGCUUUUGUCACCUCUUCGGUAUUCAGCACAAGUGACUCAUCAUAGUUCUCUGAAACCACAAGCACAACCCAAAUGCUUUGAGGCUGGUAACUUGAGAUCUACAGCCUCCCCAAACGUGCUUCGAUCAUUGGAAGUCCGUAGUAUAGCAGACUCUUCUUUUUCUAGGACUACUAGAUUUCAUAGCGUGAAAGUAGAGUCACUUGGCAAAAGACCUGAUGUAAUUUCUAAAGCAGAGGCUAGGGACAUCACAGAUGUGGCUAACAAGGCAUCCAAAGAACCUGUGAGUUCUGUAAGUAAUUUAGGAUUUCUGGCUUCGCUGGCCCGAAGCACAAACAGGGAAGGCUUACAGAAUUCCUGUGGAACAGGCAGGUUUCGGACUUCUGGUAUUGCACUACCUACAAACCUGCAGCAUUUUCAGGAAGAAAGCUUUAGGAAAACUGCUCCUCCAAAUGAAGCUGCUGAAUAUAUUCUAUCUGCGCAUGGGCUUGGAAUGAAUGGAAGUAUUGCAGCUGUAGGGAAAAGAGUAGCAGGUGAAGCAACCCAUCUUCCACCUGUGAAUGGCUCAAUUCAAGCAAAAAAGAAAAUUACAAAGCAUUGCUUUCUUUGUGGCAAGAAAACUGGAUUGGCAACCAGCUAUGAGUGCAGAUGUGGAAACAACUUCUGUGCAACACACCGCUAUGCAGAGACUCACACCUGCACCUACGACUAUAAGAGUGCGGGGCGAAGGUAUUUGCAGGAGACCAAUCCCGUCGUUAGUGCACCAAAGCUUCCCAAAAUCUAACAUGGUUGUUCUGCAUGUGGCCGUUCUGCCAUUGAAGAAUUGUAUUACAUUGAGAGAAGCACUUGCUUAAACUGCAUAAUGUUGCCAUGCUCCAUAUUUAAAGAUUUGCCAAGUAACAAAAGCACAUGAGGAUGCAUCCUGUCGAAGAAUAAUGUGAACACUACUGCAGUUAAAACUUUUCUUCUUUAGUGAAUGAAAAGUUAAAGAUUAGUUUUUAAAAACUUACACUAUGAUUUAACUGUUACUGCACGUCUUGUGUUGUGUUUUAUAUUUGGAAAAGCUAUUUCACUAGACAAGUCUUUAAAAGAUGCACUUUACUAACUUUAUUUACUGUAUAACCAGACUUGAGGGGGUGUUGUAAUGAGGGUGUCAUGUAAUGUCUUCUGUACUCUUGCGUUUUUUGUCCAUUGCGUGAUAUCUUCUAAGUUAUUUCACUAGAAAGAUCCCCCUCCCUCCCCUCCCUUUCUUCAAACAGCUUAUUUUGAGAUUUUUAAGGGGGUCGUACUGUGUUCCGCCCCUCUGUUCCAUUCAGAUUGAUAUUCAUGCACUGUGUAUCCAUUCUGAAAAUUAUAUAUCAUGUUAAUCACAUUUUCUUAAAAUAAUACUGGUUAUAUGACAAGUUUGUUUUUAAAUAGAAAAUUGCCCCUUUGUUGCCAUUAAAUAUAAGGAACAACUUAUUUUAACUUUUUUUGUAAUCCUAGAUUUUUUUAAGACUUCACAACUUGGUUUGUUAAGAUGUUGAAUGCUGUUACUGGAAGAAAUUCUAAUAAAUAUUAAAUUUUAUUCUGGUUUAUGCUCUUAUAAAUGCACAAAACUUUUCCUAUCUUAACAGCAUGCUCCUAAAUUAAAAGCUGGACUUUGUUAUAGGGGGGAGGGGAUAUUUUUAACUUUAAUUUUUUUUCAGAAGUACUGGCUCAUAUCUGUUUCUGCUGAAGUGAGUGGGAAAAUUCCUACCAACUUCAUUAGGAAUAGUGUGACCAGCACUGUGUGCUUUAAAUAAAUCUUCCUGAACUCUUCCAGAUGUACUAGCGAAGGGAAAAUGGGUGUUCAACAAAUGGCAUAUAAUAACCUGCAGCCUUUCUCCCCUACAGCUGAUGCUGUACAAAGGCAGUUCAGUAAUUGCAUGAUAAACUUCUAAUGAGCAUGCAACUACUGCAGAAAGUGAUGCUGGAGGAAUAUACCUACUGAAAGCCUUUCAUUCCCUUAAUGUGUCUGAAAUCUUUUUAUAAGCUUAUGUUGCUUGAUGUGUUCUAGUAUAAACAGAUUAAUAAAAAACCUACAACAAACCACCAGAACAAAAGAAACCCCUCCACAUUGCAUCUAGACAAUUGAAUGUCACGAUCCUUUUUCUUGCCAGAGUACUCAACUGCUUAGUUGGAUGUGGUAUUAAAAUUAUCUAGGCUGCAUUCCAGUCAAACAGAAGCAGCUGAUGAGCAUGGCGAUCAAAAGUUGGGCCAAAAAAAGAAAGAGGAUCAGUGUAAGGGAGAGAAGUAACUCAGAGAAUUCUCAUCCUUGAAGGAAAUCCAUUUCAUGUAGUCUACCUGCAACUUCUUACACCUUCUGGAGUUUCCAGAGAGUGAUGACCUUGGAAAAAAAAAUCAAAAUCAUACUUCUGGGCAGUGAUAAGGUAAAAAGGUAGUUUUAUGUGUGUGUGACCUCUAGGCUUAUUCUUACUUGACAGAGCUGCACCUAGUAUAAGAAUAUGUCAUUACUGAGCAGUGCUAGAUACUGUGAACAUGCCUGUAGUUUUUAUUUCAUCUCCAGUAUGGGGCAAUAUUAGAUGCCGAAGGAAAAGAAUUAAGGAACAGGGCAAACGUACUAGUGAUUUCCCAACAAUUACUUAUUUGCAGUUCAGCAACUUUCUUAAGACAGAGGUAUUGGUCUUUUUGCAGGUGCGGUAGAGAUUUCACAAGUAGUGAAAUUAAAGUGCUAUAAGCUGUCAUCACUUAAUCUGAUUUUGCAUAAGUAUAAUUGUCAAGAAAUUAUUUUGCAGUGAAUUAGAAUGCCCAUACUCAAAUUUUAGUAAGUACUUAAAUGAGGUCUGUGACAGGAAGUCUGAGUCAAAUCUCGAUUGUAACUUUCCCUUUUCUAAUUAUGCAUAAUGAAGUGCACAAUGAUACUUUUCAGAAAAUGCAAUGUAGUAAUACUCUAAUUCCAUGUGUGUAGCUUCUCAUAAUUUUUAUUCUACCUUAUUUUGAUUAUACCUAAUAUGGACAUUUCUUGUGCAGAAUUCUUCUGGUUUUUUUCUCAUCUCCACUGCUGUGUUACAGGCACUCCUAUUUUCAAUGAGCAGUACAGCUCUAAGAGCACUUAAAUUUGUAAUUAACUGCUUUAGUUGCUAAUUUAUAUGCUGUCGGGUUUUACCAAAUCCUGUGUUAGACCGUGCUAUGGAUUAAUUACUGUUUACUGUGUAAACUUACCUAAAUGGUUUGGUUUUCUGAGUAUUAGUCAGUGCACUGUGGUGCUAUGCAUCUGCUGUAGACAAAUGUUUAGCUUUUGUGUAUUUGUUCGUGUAAUUAGAUUGUAUCAUAAAGUGUUUACAUAAUGGAAGUUUAACAAUGACUUUGGUGUGUGCUUCUCUACCUUCCUGUCAAAUAUUUUUUGUGUGCUUCUUUUAUGCU